AUUUAAUUAGCACGUGCUUCAUGCUACAUUAAGGAGAGAUUCAGUAGUAUAUAUUAGAGCUUCUUGGUCUGUAUUUAUGUACAACAUCAAGUACUGAAAAGAGUACAAAGGAAAUGAAACCAAUUACUACUACUCAUGGUUUAGAAUUGAGAAAAGGCGCAUGGACUCCACAUGAAGAUACGCUUCUUAAGCAGUGUAUUGAGAAAUACGGGGAAGGGAAAUGGCACCUCGUUCCUCAUAGAGCAGGGUUAAACAGAUGCAGAAAGAGUUGUAGACUGCGAUGGGUGAAUUAUCUCAGGCCGAAUAUAAAAAGAGGAAAUUUUGGUGAAGAUGAAGUUGAUCUCAUACUCAGGCUUCACAAGCUUUUAGGAAAUAGAUGGUCAUUGAUUGCUGGGAGAAUACCGGGAAGAACGGCUAAUGAUGUGAAGAACUACUGGAACACAAAUAUUCACCCUCGUUCGAAACAACAAAAGAAAGAAUCUAGUGAUGAUGAUAAACCCAUGCAACACAUCACAACAACAGUUACUAAGCCAAAACCGCUUGCUAUCACGAAUACCCUAAACCAGUGCAUGGAUGACAACCCGCAGAUUAUGACCCAUGGAGAGUGUAGCAGCCUAAUAAGAACAUCAAAUGAUGAUGAUAACAACUUUGAUCUAUCCUUCGGGUUAAAUUUAUCACCCACUGUACAUGAUGACAAGGGUAAGGAGUAUUUAGACGACUUAUUUGAUGACAUUGAAAUGGAAGACGGCGACUAUGGGUGGUUGUUUGGUGGUUCUACGGUGGCAGGAGAGGAAUUAAAUGUUGUUGAGCAAGAAGAUGGCCAAAACCAAUUGUUUGAAUUUCCAUUAAUGGAUGAAGUUGCGUGGAAGCUUAAUGAUUAGAAUUGCAUGUAAUUUUUUAAACAUCAUUUCAUGGAAGACACUCGUUCAACACCCUCUUUAUAAUUACUAAAAUUUGUAUGUAAUGUAUUACAAUUUAGACAUGGAUUUAUUUAUGUUUGAUAAAUUAUCGGAAAACCAUCAC